AUGCCUCGUAGCAGCACCUCUCCGUCGUCAUCGUCAUCACAGGAGGAGAGCUGUGAACUGUUGUGUUCCGUGUGCUCCCAGCCGGCUAGGGGGAAACAUUUCGGAGCAGUGGCGUGUCGAGCGUGUGCCGCGUUUUAUAGACGAGCCGACGCCUCGAAAACCACCGUAAAAGCCUGCAAGAAGGGUGGGAAAUGUCAGUCGCUACUCAACAAUAACGGAUGGUUCGACUGUAAAUGGUGUCGACUACAAAAGUGUUAUCAAGUCGGCAUGAAUACAGCAAAUUUCCAGUUCGACCGUGACCCAAUUAGCACUAAAGAAGUGGUGGUGCCAAAGAGCAUGGAGAACUUUCUGGGCCGUCCACACUGUGUAAUAUUUGUGGAGCCUGACAAGAAGUUUCUAGUCAAAAAAGAUCUCAUUGAUUGCAGUGAUCUCAUGGAGAAGGCAAACAAGAUAUUGUCAGAGGGCUGCGAAACCCCUCUCCAUGCCAAAUCGUCUCUCCUAAAACUGGCACAAGCUUUACAAAAUCUUGAUCUCGCUCAUACCCCCACGGCUCCAGUGAAAAUAGUCACAAAAUACGGGAAAGAAGAAGUCCUUUCCUUCUUUGAAAUGGACUUUUUGAAAGCGACCACUUGGUUCUCUUAUUAUGAAGAGUUUGCAAAAUUGAAUAUUGAGGAGAGGCUAGAACUAAUGCAAGCCAUCUGGCAUGUGUUCGCUCGUCUCUACAAACUUUCAACUGCUGCGAUGGGGAAACGAAGGCAGAUGUGUGAGGAGCAGAUGCUUAUGAUCAGUCAUGAUACAGAGUAUACUGCGAUGGAUUUGACGAAAAUUGAAUUUGAUUAUUCGUGGUGUACAAAGUAUAGCAAUGAGCAGAUGCAGCACUUCAUCGACAACACUGAAAACAGUUUUCUCUACAAACUAGUCGACUACAUGGUAGACCUGAAACCUUCCGACGCUGAACUGUCCUUCAUGAUAUGCCAAGCGUGUCUACAGUAUGCUGGACAACGAUUUCAAGGGAAAACGAUGGAGAUUUGUGAUAAAUUUCAACAGAAAUUGGCGAAUGAGCUGCACGAUUUCUAUGUGGACGAGUGGAGGAUGCCUAAUUAUUCGGGCAGGUUGUCAUUGAUGUUGAGGAUUAAUAAUAAAAUUAAGGAAGACAUCUGGAAAUGCCGAAAGAAACAAGAAAUCGCCGACAUAUUUGACGUCUACUGUAUCGAGUAUUCUCAUCCGGAGAUUUUCAGAGAUAUCUGA